AUGGAUUAAAAAUUAAUAAAAAAUUAAAUAGAAAAUAUAAAAAAGGGUUCUUGGGAUUACUAAGAAGAUGAAAAAUUAAUAUUAUGGGUUAAAAAAAACGGGCCAUCAAAUUGGUCUUUAUGUGCUGAAACAAUAAAAUGUCGAACAGGGAAACAAUGUAGAGAAAGAUGGCAUAAUAAUUUAAAUCCAAAUGUAAAAAAAGGCAAUUGGACUAAAGAAGAGGAUGAUAAUAUAUUUUAAUAAUAUUUACAAUUAGGUUCUUCAUGGAGUUAUAUAGCUAAAAGUUUAAAAGGAAGAACUGAAAAUUCAGUAAAAAAUAGAUUUUAUAGCACAGUAAGAAAAAUGUUAAGUGAUAAUGGAAAAUAAACUUUUAUUACAGAUUCUAAUUGUUAAUAAUGA